GUUGCCCAAUCUUGGUAAAACCUCUCUUAACUGAAAAACCUCAUCGCCCUCUCUCUCUCUCUCUACUCUCUCAGUCUCUCUCUCUCUCUCUCACUCACACACGGAGACACAGAGAAAUGGCGGCGAGAAACGCACUGCUGAAGUACCUGAGGGUGAGCGUGAAGCCGGUGCUUCCGUUCCAAAACCCUAGAGCAACCGGCAGCGGCUUAUCGCAGCUCAUCAGGCGCCACUUCUGCGAAGAAGCUAGGGGCUCCUUCCUCGACAAAUCGGAGGUCGCCGAUCGUGUCAUUAAUGUCGUCAAGAAAUUCGAGAAAGUUGAUCCUUCCAAGGUUACUCCAAAUGCUCAUUUCCAGAACGAUCUUGGUCUGGAUAGUUUAGACGCUGUGGAAAUUGUGAUGGCGCUCGAAGAAGAGUUCCGUUUUGAGAUUCCAGACAACGAAGCAGACAAAAUCAACUCCAUCGAUCUUGCUGUUGACUUUAUAGCAUCUCACCCUCAGGCGAAAUAGAAGCAAUGGCUCUGGCUUUGGCCAUUUUUUUUUCCUUCCUCCCUACCUAGACUAGCCUUCUAAUGUUUGAGAAUCCCCCUUUUAGAGAAAAAGGGAAACUAUUCAUGGGUCGAGAUCCCAAAUCUUCCCUAUAUGUUGAAUAUUUUGUCAUGGAUUCUUGUCAAAGUGCUUCUUGCAUUAGCAAGUUAUGCUGGUUUUCUUCUGCAUGAUUCCUGGUGAUUGGAACUACAUGUGAAGUUCAAUAAUUGAAAAGAGUUGUUAACGGUUUAACUCCGUUUCCAUCUA